CCAUUUUGCUUUGGGAUCAGCCAGCUUUGUAGUGUGCAAGAACCAAGAAUUGGGAACAGCUUAAAUUGAUAAACUCCAUUACUCCAUCCCCUCCCCCAACGUUGUGCUGCCCUAAAUCUCUCAAAAAGCUCUUGCACCCUAACUUCAAAAUCUUCCAAUUUUGGAUGGGGAGGUGUAGAGAUCCCAAUAAACCACAAAACCAUCAGCUUCUUCCGUGUUAAGACUCGAGCCAUACGCCGCACCUGAUGACUGUUAAUUCCCCAACAUCCCUUACAUAUGCAUUGUUCUCUGGAAACAAUUUCAAACAUUUUGCGACAAUGCACGUUCAAGCAGCUGAAACAGAUUCAUGCCUUUAUUCUCUGUACCUCUCUCCACCAACACAAGACCAUUUCAUUGAAAUUGCUCCGCCGAAGCACCGAAUUCGGAACCAUGGAGUAUCCCAACCUCGUUUUCGCUCAAAUGGGUGGUCUGCUUUGCACAGACACUUCCCUCUGGAAUGCCAUGCUAAGAGGGUUUGCCUUUAAUGGCCCCGUCGGGAAAUGCCUCUUAUUGUAUGAUGAAAUGCGUCAGAGAGGACUCAAACCCAAUAAUUACACGUACCCGUAUGUCAUCAACUCCUGCUCUGAGAUAGGAUGCUUUAGAAUAGGAGAGAAAGUGCAAUGCCAGAUCGUAAAAUCUGGUUUCGAAUCGGGACUCUCGGUGGGCACGUCGCUUUUUAAUAUGUACAUAAAGAUGUUGGAUUCUUUUGAGCAGGGGACUGUGACGAGUGCAAAAUUGGAUGAAGCUCGGAAGAUUUUUGAUUGUAUGUGUAUUAAACCUAUUGAAUUGUGGAAUCAAAUGAUCUCCCAGUAUGGGAGUCUUGGAAAUGUUAAGUGUGCUAGGAAGUUGUUUGAAGUUAUGCCUGAAAGAGAUGUUGUUUCUUGGAAUUCUAUGAUUUCAAGUUAUGUUAAAGUUGGGGAUGUGGCAAAUGCAAGAGAUUUGUUUGAACAGAUGCCGGAGAAAAGUGUCGUGUCAUGGACUUCAAUGAUCGGGGCAUAUGCUAGCUCGGGAGACCUUUACAUGGCUAGAGAAUUUUUUGAGAGAAUGCCAUCCAGAAAUGUGGUUUCUUGGAAUUCUAUAAUUUCAGGUUACUCCCAGCAGGGAAAAUUUGCAGAGGCAUUGAAUCUAUUCAUCCAAAUGCAGUCCCAAGGAGUAAUUGCAGAUGGGUUUACCUAUGUUUCAGUUUUGUCAGCCUGUUCCCAGUCGGGUGCUCUAGAGUUCGGGAAAUGGGUACAUUAUCUAAUAAAAGAUUGGUCUCAGAUGGGAGUUGUUAUUGUAGGGACUUCCCUUAUAGAAAUGUACGCUAAUUGUGGAGAUGUUGACAAAGCUUUUACAAUUUUUAUCAAAAUUGAGAUGAAGGAUGUCUUCUGUUGGAAUGUUAUGAUCAGAUCACUAGCCAUCCAUGGUAGAACAGAAGAUGCUCUCAAAAAUUUUUUCUUGAUGCCAAAGAUGGGAUUGAAGCCAAAUGACUAUACAUUCAGCAAUGCUUUGUUUGCUUGUAGCCAUGGAGGGAUGGUAGAAAAUGGUCGCAAGAUCUUUGAUAGCAUGGAGAGAGAUUUUGGGGUCAGCCCAAAGCUUAAACAUUUUGGUUGCUUCAUCGACUUGCUAAGCCGGAAUGAUCAUCUCGAGGAAGCCGAGCUUCUAGUGAAGGAGAUGCCAUUUGAGCCUGAUAGUGCUAUUUGGGGAGCUCUACUUGGGGGCUGCAGAGUAAGAAGUGACUUCAAGUUAGCCAAGGAACUCAUAGAGAUGGCGGAAGGUAUGAAAGCAAGGGACUCGGGACUUUAUGUGCUAUUGUCCAAUAUCUAUGCCUCCAGGGAUCAAUGGCCAGAGGCUGCAAGUGCAAGGGAGAAGAUGGAAGAGAAGAAAAUAUGGAAGAGAGCAGGGCUUAGUAGUGUUAUUCAUGUUCAUGAUGAGGAUUCAGGCCUUGCGAAAAACAGUGCCAUUCCCAGCGAAGUUGCAAUAGAGUUACAAAACAGGUAACACCCCUCCCAUAUAAGGGAUUGAAAAUUCAAAUAGUUGAUCUUUGUAUGAUGGAACUGAGAAGUAUAGUAUUAUAGCACAUUCAAGACUAUCUGUGGUCAACAUCUUUUUAAAGCCAUAAACAAUUUUUGCAACUUGCACAGUAUUCAGAGCUUCUGGAAUAACAUUUUCACCCAGACAAUUUCCAGUUGU